ACAUUUAUUCAGUAUAAGACAGAAUACAAACCCAUAAAAGUUAUUUUGUACAAAUUCAUGAAAGCAAAAUGAUUUCCUGAAAGUGCUUUUGUACUCACAGUGAAACUUCUCGCACCAAUCCUAGCCACUCACUUCAGUGCCUUCAGUUCUUCGUAACUGCACAGACUUGUUAAGGUUCUUGAGGACAAGUAUACAUUUUCAGAAAACUUAAAAUCAGAAUCAAGAAUUGUAAAUGAGAAGGUAAGGUAGGAUGUAGCCUGUAAUACCGUGUAGUGUGGAUAAUGUUCAGCAUUCUGAUUUAUGCAGCGUAAUAUGCUUUCAUGCAUUUAUCCUACACUACUGAUAAUUCAAAUAUAACAUGGUUUUCACUGGAUGCGAGAAAAAAUGCAUUUAAAGCCAGUCAUGUGGUGUUCAAAGGCAUCCGUUAUGUGGUGUCCAUUAUGCAAUAAAACAUUUGGAGUGUGCUGUUAUAGAAAAAUAACCAGUGACAGGGUUGUGUAAUGCAACCUGCCGUGAAGCAACAUUACUGUUACCAUUACCAAAUUUAGUUGGUUAUUUUGUUAUAACAGCAUGUCUCUAAUUGUUUUAUUCCUCUUAUAUCACAGCAGUUUGCCUGUAAUUACAGUUUUGAAUUUAUUAAUGAUAAGCUCUUUAACCAUCUUUAGUUACUUUUAAUGUGGUGGAACGUCCACAAGACAAGUUAGUUCCUGUUAUCACUUACGUUAUAGUAGCUAUGAACAGUAGUUCCCUCACCAGCCUCUCUUUUUCAGUCUUGAAUUUGAUAUGACAAAAAAAUGCCAGAAAGUAGAAACUUGUGUCCUGAAGACUUUCCUGUCAUGGAAAACUUAUUGACUUUUACAAAGUGCUGAAACUGGAGACUCCUGUAUAAAUGUUACAUAAAAGUCUCCUUACAGAAAACUUCACCAUAUCAGUGAUUAUACGUUUUUCUUUGUUAAACUGAUUAAAACUUGUUGUUAUUUAUUAUUAGGUAUAGAUUUUCUGGAGAAUGCAACAUUUUUUGCGAAUGAGUUGUUACUGUAGAAACGAUAACACAGCAAGCAUGUUGCUAUAACCCACUGAUUUGAAUUACAGCUGCACUAUUGCCAGACUUGCUGUUAAAAAAUUAAACAACAUCUGUUAGAAAAUUAAUCAACACCUUCUGACCAUUCAGAAUUGAAAAUUUAACACCACUGUGGUGUAACCACACGUGAUGUCUAUUGUCAGUAAGCAAGGUUAGCUAAACCUUUUGGAUGAAAAUGUAACUAAUCCAUUCACAGAGAUUAAUUCAAGAUUUUCAUAAUUGCAUUAAUAAUUGAUUUUCAACCCCGCCCAUAAAGCCAGAGGAUUCUAGUUAUGUCGCGAUGAUGCAGCAGGAAAUAGGGGUCAAAGUUUGCGCUGCAACUGUGGUGGAUUGUGCAACUUUGGAGGGUUUUCUUCUUUUUUUUUUUAGUUCUUUUACUGAACCAUUAGUCACAUGGUUCCUCUGAUAUUUGCUGUGUAAGCUGAGAUUCCGGCAUUCUGAUUCUCGAGCCAUUAUGAGUGCAUGUGCGAGAGCUGCUCUCUGCCUUCUUUUCAUGCUUGGUCUGAGCCAGUGUGUGACAGCAGGGAAGAUUCUCGUCUGGCCUGCAGACUUUAGCCACUGGCUCAACCUUAAAGCCAUCCUAGACAAGCUCAUAGAGAGAGGACACAAUAUAACAGUUGUUACCCACAGUGCUACACCAUCUGUAAAGGCAGAUCAGUCUCCGGGCUACAAUGUGGAGUUCAUAGAGGUGCCCUAUACUAAACAGGAACUCGUUGAUACUUUGGACAAAUUGUUAAAGUACUUGGUGUAUGACCUGCCGAAUGACAACCUGAUCCAGGCUUUUCUAAAUAUUAAGGAGCUGAUUGACCUGCGCACAGAGCAGAAUCAGGUAAUAUGCGGGGAGCUUUUUGCACGUGAAGAUCUGCUGGAAAAGUGGAGAAAGGAACAGUUUGAUGUUCUUCUGACAGACCCUCUGUAUAUGUGUGGGGAACUCCUGGCUCUGAAACUGAACCUGCCGUUUAUUAUCAGUCUGAGGUUUAGCAUUGGGAGCGUUAUGGAGCGACUCUGUGGGCAGCUCCCAGCACCACCAUCCUAUGUCCCAGCGAUUGGCCUGAGCUACACAGAUCACAUGGAUUUUCCACAGAGAGUGAAAAACGUUUUGUUUAUUCUCUCUCAGGACAUACUGUUUAAACUUCUGGUCAUGGUGAAAUGGGACCACAUCUAUACCGAAUUCCUAGGCAAACCCACAACACUGUGUGAAACUAUGGGCAAAGCUGACAUCUGGUUAAUCCGAACUUAUUGGGAUUUUGAAUAUCCAAGGCCACUCUUGCCAAACUUCAAAUUUGUGGGUGGAUUACACUGCAAGCCAGCAAAACCUUUACCAAAAGAGAUGGAGGACUUCGUCCAGAGCUCAGGAGAUGACGGUAUUGUAGUGUUUUCACUGGGAUCCAUGAUCAGGAACCUCUCCAAUGAGAGAGCAAACACCAUCGCGUCAGCGCUUGGCCAGAUUCCCCAAAAGGUCUUGUGGCGAUACAAAGGCGAGAAGCCAGAAACUCUUGCUCCUAAUACAAGAAUCUAUGAGUGGAUUCCCCAGAAUGAUUUACUAGGACAUCCUAAAACCAAGGCCUUCAUCACCCAUGGUGGGACCAAUGGAAUAUAUGAAGCUAUUUAUCAUGGAGUUCCCAUGGUGGGCCUGCCGCUGUUUGCUGAUCAGCCUGAUAAUAUAAAUCAUAUGAAAACCAAAGGGGCUGCUGUUAUGCUUGACUUUAACAAAAUGGAGACCAAGGACUUGAAGCAGGCUAUCAGUGAUGUCAUUAACAAUCCAUCCUACAAGGAGAGCAUGAUGAGGCUAUCCCGAAUCCACCAUGAUCAACCGAUGAAGCCGCUAGACCAGGCCGUCUACUGGAUCGAGUUCGUGAUGCGCAAUAAGGGGGCCAAGCACCUGAGGGUGGAAGCCCAUAACCUCACGUGGUAUCAGUACCACUGCUUGGACGUGGCCGCCUUUUUGCUUUCUAUAAUUGCACUAGUCGUGUUCAUCUUUGUGAAAACAUGCAGUUGGCUCUUCCGUAAAUGUUUCAGAAAGACCCCAGCGAAGAGCAAGAAAGAGUGAAGCAUGUGUAUAUGAAUGUAUUAAUAAUUACUGUGAUAUUUUGACAGAAAUUUUAGAAAUAAAACACUCUGUGUUAAAUGUACAUUGUACAUUCCAUAGGUUUUCCUGUUUAUACAGUAUAGUAUGUCCAGGUUUACUUUUAACUGAUUCCAACACUAUUGAGAACAAAGCAAUUAAACAGAGAUUUCUAUCUCUAUCAUUUAUAGUGCGGUUUUGUUCUGUAAAUAAAGAUUAAAAUAAAGAUUUUUAUCUUAAUUACCGAUACAGUAAAA